UAUAAACCAAAAAUGAAGAACACCAUAUUUUCUCCUAGAAAUUAUGAAAAUGUAAUGCCAAUUGCUGGAUCAGUUAAAGGUAAAGGAUUACCAACUGCUCCUGGUGAAAUAUUUAUUUCACAUAAUGAUCAAACAAUUGCAAGUAAUUCUACAAGAAAUCAUCAGAAUUACAAUUAUGAGCACGUUGUUACUUUUAAAGAUAAAGCAUUACCAUCUGUUCCUAGAGAGAUAUCGAUUUCAAAUAAUGAUCAAAAAAUUGAAAAAAUUCAUCAGAAUUACGAUUAUGAGCAAGUAAUUACUAUUAAAGAAUCACCAUCAAUUCCUAGCGAAAUAUCAAUUUCAAAAUAUGAUCAAGGAAUAAGUUAA